UAGCUUGUCAUUGAUUUAAGUCUCAAAUAUUUGAAUUUUCUCGGUCUGUGCUCGCUAUCCUCUUCCUGUGCGACUCAGCUACGAUGCCUCGCCGAAGUCGGAACUCCGGAGGUACGAAUUAUCUCCCGGAAUCACUUUAUUCUCGUUUCAAGAAGUUCAGGUUUACGCCGUCCUACUGCUACUCCUCUACGCAACCCUCCCGCGCCAGGUGAAUGUCAUACAUGAUACAUGAUUAUCAUGUAAAUGUGUGAUAAAAGAUUGCUAAGAAAUUUAAGUGGGAAUAAAAUUAAAAUGGCUUGAUUUACUAUGAAUCACACCGACUGUGAUAUUUUUAAAUAUUUGGUCAAUUAUUAAUUUCUUUCCUAUAUCGUUCAUGUUGAUACUAUGGCUAAAUGGGUGUGUUUACUAUAGCUGCUCCUGCUCCUGCUCCACCGCCUGCGCCUGUACGUGGUGCAAAUGGACCCGUGAUGGGAGGUUUUGGUGCUGCUGUUGCUGAUGGAUUGGCUUUUGGUACUGGGACUGCUGUGGCUCACAGAGCCGUGGAUGCUGUUCUGGGCCCACGGAUUGUCCAUCAUGAAACUGUAACUUCAUCUGCCCCUGCAGCUACUCCAGUGCAGAACACAAACAAUUUUGGUGAUGCGUGUGGUGGCCAAUCCAAGGCCUUACAAGAUUGUUUGAACAACUAUGGAAGUGACAUCAGCAAGUGCCAGUUCUACAUGGAUAUGUUACAAGAAUGCCGCAGGGGUUCUGGGGCUGCAUUGGGUGCUUGAAAUUGAUUGUGAUGAAAUCCUUUCAUCAGUCGUGUAGGUAGUAUUUGAUAGGAGAUAUUUUGUCUAAAUAUGGUGAUCUGGUGGGAUUUUUUUUCAUGUUCUUAUCUUAAGAAUAUUAAUGUAAGCUAAACUUGGAAAGCAAAUUGGCAGUAAUCGAUGCUCCAUUCUUUA